AUGACCCCAAAUGGAAAGCCGAAAAACGAUCCUUUUUCUUUUCGGCCAGGUUCGUCUGCUAGAAAACGCCCGAAGCCCUUAUCAAGGAAAACCCCUGAUGGCGAAAUUACCUUCAUUGACUCGGAUCCUGACGAGAAUGAAUCACAUCAAAGGACAACUUCAAAGAAUUCGACAAGCAGACCGUACCCAAAAAUUGACGAUCUAUUCAAAGCAAAAAGCGCGAAACCAACCAAUCAGCCAAAAUUUAAGCCGGACUUUGAAUUUGGCGGCGAUCCCUUGGUUAUGAACACGAAGCGACGAAUCCUGAAUAUCUUAGAUCCGGAUGGUGGGCGUCAUAAGGAACUUGAGGAAAACGUUGAACUAUCUGUUCGAAGGACCAUGACAACAAUUACGCAGAAAAAGCCGAAAAACAGCAGAUUUAUGACCCCAAUCAUGAGCAAUGGAAACGAUUUCAAAACAGCUGGAGGGAGCAAAAUUGACAAAGGAAUGUGCAAAAUUUACAAUGGCGAUGAUGCUGGCUCGACUGCUGGAGAUGAAAGUGGCGGAUCUCAGACAACUGAAGCAGCUACUUCGAGAUUUAAUGCACCAAAAGAUCAGACAUCAUUGACCAAAAAGUUGUCUCUACCAAGGCCUCCCAAUGGUUCAUUUAUGGCGUCAAAUUCAAAGUUUAACGAUGCGGCCAUUAAUGCAAAACAAGAUCAACCGCAAGGUUUACGUGCAGAGCCCAGCUUAAAGAACUUUGAUGAGCAUAUCAUUAGUCUCAUUGAAAGUGAGAUCAUGUCUGUUACAAGGGAAAUUGAAUGGCGUGAUGUGGCAGGACUUGAGGCGGCAAAGAAAGCUCUUUAUGAAAUUGUGGUUCUUCCAUUUAAAAGGCCUGAUGUCUUUACUGGAAUUCGUUCUCCCCCAAAAGGUGUCUUGCUAUUUGGUCCUCCAGGAACCGGGAAAACAAUGAUAGGUCGAUGCGUGGCGUCACAAUGUAAAGCAACGUUUUUUAACAUCUCAGCAUCGUCUUUGACAUCGAAAUGGGUGGGUGAAGGAGAAAAGCUUGUGCGCGCUCUCUUCGCCGUUGCUCGGCUAAAGGACCCAAGUGUUAUCUUCAUUGAUGAGAUCGACUCCUUGUUGUGUUCGCGAAGUGAGACGGAACAUGAAUCUUCAAGAAGGAUUAAAACCGAAUUUUUGGUUCAGCUUGAUGGUGUUGCAACUUCUGCUGAAGAAAGACUUCUGGUUUUAGGAGCAACCAAUCGACCACAAGAACUGGACGAGGCAGCGCGACGACGUUUUGCGAAAAGACUUUACGUACCGUUGCCCGAUGAGUUGGCAAGGAGACAAAUUGUUGAAAACUUGCUCCGGCAAAAUGUUCACAACAUUGAAAUUUCAGAACUUAGUGAAAUUGCGCAGAUAACUAGAGGU